GGAAUCGAAAUCGAGCCAAACGAAGUUUUGUUUUCUUUCUUUUAGUAUUCUUGUACAAGCCUUUCCAGGUUUGCAAUUCUCAACUGUUUAAUUAGACGGGCAUGACGUUAGGAGGGAGGGAUAUUUACGCCUGAGGCGCCAAGGACGCAACAGCUCGGAAUUGGUCGCUUCAAACCUCACACCACCCCCAGAGCUGCCGACGACACACUUUCGAGCUCACAAGACAAACAGCAACAGUCUCCUCAACAUCUCACCCCAUUCUCGAAGUCACUAUGGCAAUUAAGCCCAUCACUGGUAUGCUCCGAAGGGGCCUCGUUCUCGACCUCAGCGUCGCUCUCGGUCUCGGUGCGACCGCUGGCUAUACCUGGUGGUACGGGUACCACGUUCCAGCAACUCGCCGUCGCGACGCCUUUUAUCAGAAGCUCGAAGAUCAGCGCGCGAAGAACCUCGAAGCAGCAUGAAGCAUCUGCCAUCACUUCGUCGUCAAUCAGCCGGCUCAUCGUGUGAGUCACGUCAAAAAAAAGCGAUGGACUUGUACAUAUCAGAUGGGAUAGAUGCGCAAUAGAUGUUAACAAUACGAGGAUUCUUUUGUCUGCAUCAAUGCAUCAUGUCAUUUGUUUUUGACCCGUACUAUGUUACAUUUGUUGAGAUGUGAUUGAUCAUUCCCCUAUGAUGUUACAAACUUUUUAUGCUCCGCC